AGAAAUCCCGUGUGAGUGCGGAGGAGAACCGGCGGAGUCCGAAGUUUAAAGUGAAGAGGUCACAGGGACUGAUCAUUGGUGAAACUCUCCUCCCGAGCCUGCGCCCUCCUCCUCUUCCUCCUCCCUCUCCUCCGUCUCGCGCCUUCAGCACGAGCUCACCUGUUGACACGGAGCAGCCGCGCGAGCUGCCUGUCGCGUCCCCCCCUCCCCUCCGACAGCGAGGGGUUUGAAUGGAGGUAAAACACCCGCCGGAGGACGUCAAAGCGGCUGUCAGCUCCACAACAAGCGACCACAAGAGGCGGCGGGACUCCCAGCGCCCCGCAGAGUGCGUGAAGUGACGCUCCGCCGUGUUGUUCGCGCUUCUUCCACCUUUGCCUUCAUGUUUUGAAGUCCACGGCCGUUUUUUUUUUGUUUUUUUUCGCCAGUUGGUAGAAAUGCCCCAACAUACCAUGGAGAACUCCCGGAGUCAGUGGGAGCAGGGUCUGCGGCCGCCGUGGAUCACCAGGGUGAUCGGGGAUCAGAGUCCCGCCUCCUCGGGGGCCGAGUCGGACACGGAGAGCAGCAGCACGGAGAGUGAGAGGUCCUGCAUUAAAAAGCUGGAGAGUGGCUCACGGAGGGUUUUACCAUCGUCUUCAAUGCUCCAACAGCGAAUCACAGAGAUCGACCAACAGAAAGAAGAACUGAAGAUUGAGCUGCAGCUGGAGAUCGCCCUGCUGCAGGGAGAGCUGCAGACAGAGAAGAAGCAGCUGCAGCGACACACGCAGAAGCUCCAGGCUCUGCAGGAGGCGGCCAGGCAAAGAGACAAGGGCAAGCACACCGACAGACAAAAGGAGCGAGAGAACCUGGAGCAGGAGAGACGCAGGGUGGAGGAGCUGAAGAGGAGCUAUGAGGAAAAACAGAAGCUGAUCCCGACUCAGCCAGAGAGUCAGAAAGAGCAGCUGACAGCGCAGCUGCAACAGGAGAAAGAGGCGAUGGAGGCCGCGGUUCGGGCUUUUGACGACUGGGAGUUUCGUGUUCUGGAGCGAGAGAGCGGCAUCGACGAAGAAGACGAGAGCGAGGAGGACAAAGAUAAGGAGGCGGCGAGCCGAGCAGAGGUGGAGAAGGAAAUCUUAUGUCAGCAGCACGCGGUCAACAACGCGCAGGGGCGAGUGGAGCAGUUGGAGAAGCAGCUGAAGGAGAUGGAGAGGGAGAAGGAGAGGGAGCUGAACUGCUUGAGGAAAGAGAGGAGAGAACUCGUCCAGACAAACCAAACGGUUCUCAAAGACAAGAAGCCGCUCACUGAUUGGUCGAACAUCACCGGCUCCGCCCCCUGCAUGAUGUCUCUUUCUCCUCUGACCGUCCAACCUCCUCAGGAACCAUGCAAAGAAACCACCAGCCUGCCUCGAAGACGGAGCUCAAACCGACACAACAGAGCCAGCGACCGGCCGCUCUCGGCACAGGUGUUUGUGAGGGCGCCUCCAGACAGUCAGACCCCCGAGGGCUUCUCUUCCCCGCUCUCCCCCCAGAGGCUGAGCAACGGACACAGCAACGGGCACAGGCCGGCCAUCGGUAACGGUGGAGGUUUCCUUCCUCCGUGCAACAGCACAACAAGCUCUAGAGCUGCCAGCCCGUGCCUUUUGGAUCUGGUGGAGAUCGAGAGGAAGCUGCGUGAAGCCAAAGCGGAGAGAGAGAGGCUGCUCAGAGAGCGGGAAGAGCGACGGCUGCUGUUGUUGGAAGAAAAACGAAAAAAGGAGCAAAACUCUCUAAGACCAGAACCAGAAGACGCAGAGACACCUCGAAGGCCAGAACCAGAACCGGAACUCCCCAGAGAGGAACCAAAGGCCGUUUAUUCACCAAAUUCCCCCGAGCAGCGCAGCCUGCCCCUCUUCCUCUCCCCGAACUUUGACCUGCGGGCCCACGUGGAGUCUCUGGGUCACGGGGUUUCGGCCUGCACGGACCUGCGGCUCACGCCUCGACGCUGCGCCGGCUUCCUGACCAAGCGAGGGGGGAGGGUCAAGACCUGGAAGAAGAGGUGGUUUCUGUUUGAUACGGACCACAAACGACUGGCCUACUAUACAGACUGUGAUGAGAGGAAGUUAAAGGGAGUCAUCUACUUUCAGGCCAUCGAAGAAGUUUAUUACGACCAUCUACGCACAGCUGCCUCUUCUCCGCGGCCCAGUCUGACGUUCUGUGUCAAGACGUACGACCGUCUCUUCUUCCUGGUGGCCUCAAAUCCGGUGUCCAUGCGGAUAUGGAUGGACGUCAUCGUCACGGCGACAGACGAGCACUGCCGCUAUUGACCUCCGGGACUGUGAAACUCUCGAAGCUGCCUUACUCUGACAGACGGCCGUUCUUCGCUCUCUCGGCUGUCUGAAGAAGCCUUCGGCUCAUCGUGAACCGGACUCGUGGAUAAAAAGAGGCGGAGUCACCGUGGUUGUGGUUUCCAGAUGUGUUUGGACACGGCGGAGGAGGAGGUUACCCACCGAGUGAUGGCUAUCAGCAAACCGUCUGCAGCUCCCCUCAGCAGCCUGCACACUGGAUGUUUGUUACUAUGAGGUUUACACUCUCUGAGUCAGAGCGCCCCCUGCUGGCCACAGGACUGAAUCACAAAGCUGAAGCUCACUGCACGACCAAACACUACAACAGCUGCUGGCGUGCACACCAGCACGAUUCUGCACAAACUAACACCCAAAACCCAGUAAGGAUGAUAAUCAUGAAGUUUAUCUGGACUUUCAGAGAAAGGAAGAGGCGGAACACUGUGGCUACAUACUUUUUUAAUUAUUGGAUUGCUUCAUAUUUUCAUGUGUUUUCCAUGAAUACAUCUGCAUCUUAUGUCAGUGUUUUCACCUCAGGCAGAUUGUAUAUACGAUUUUAAAGGUUAUUUAUUAUUUUAAAAAUUUAUAUGGGGUUUGAUUUGCAAUACCGGAGAAAGAACACUGUUAUGAAUGCACUAUUAAAUGUUUACUCAUGAAAAAUCCUUGGUUGUCUCUGAUUACUCACAUUUUUUGGGGGGGGACUCAUCACAUUAUGUAUUUAAAUAAACGGUUUGGGAAUCACAUUUUUAAUUAUCAGCUGUUACAAUUGUGAACACAGGGCAGCAGUGUUCCCUCAAGCAUCAAUGAGCAGCUUUGACUCACCGACAGUUUAUGGCAAUUAUGGAAACAAUUGAAUCUCAUUCUAUCACAUAACCUCUCUAAGACUCAUCGUGUAUCGUUAUUUUAAUGACCAUGCAUGUGGAAUUGAUUGCCGUGAAAUGAACUCAUGAAUACAGAAACGUGGAAGGAUGUAUCAGUGACUUCCAACAUGAGCCCUGUUACAUAAUCCUCCCCGAUCAGUGGACCUGAAACUCUCACUUUUCAUUGUGUUUUCCUGAGUGAAUUUGUGAUAUUAAGUAUUUUUUUUAAUGUAGCUUAAAAGUCAUCUUGCUUGUUAAAAUGUUCUGAGAUUGGAAAGUAUCUGCUUGAUUUCCCCAUGAAUAUAGCCGAGGAACAGAGUGUGUGAAGCCCCUGUUGUUGUGCUGUGAGCCCCUCCCAGACUCACUGUACAACGGCUGAGUGUGACAUCCACACAGACUCAUUCCCUCCGACCCUUCAAUGCUGGUAAAACUUGUACUUUUCAAUUAUUUAUCGAUUCAAAAAUGUUAGAUGCCUGAAUGUCACUUUUUUAUUAAAAACACCAGCUCAGGAGGUGUGUGAAUAGCUUUCAUUUCUGCUCCAUCUACGCUGAAGGUAAGGCUGCAUUUCUAUCUACAGUGACAGUUUCCACAUUACUUGGUACAUUUUGGAAAAUUAACUCAAGGGGUAUUUUUGGGAACAAAAUUAGAAAAAAAAAGAACUUUACUUUUCCACUUCUCAGUUCCACACUUGCCUGCUUUCACUCCACUUUUUAAUCUACUGUAUUUACUCAUGCAGCACAAUUCUUCACACAAUUUGCUAAUUACACAA